AUAAUCUGUGUUGUGCAGCAUUUAGUUAAUUUCAACCUAGCUGAUCUUAGUAAAUUAGAAAUGAAGCUAUUUACUUUGAUUUUUGUGCUCCUUGCAUCAUCAUUGCUGAUGUUCUGUAUGGCCUCUCCAUUAAAUGCUGGAAGAUCGAUGAGUGAAAGGAAGCAUUCAUAUAAUCCGCAAUGCUUUGGAUUCGGAGGUUCACCGUCACCACCUCCUCAGCAGCCUGCAACCACUGCAAGUACCACAACUACCACAACAGCGGCAUCAGCUUGAUUAUUAUCAGUAAAUAAAUAAGUGGAUGAAAGUAUAACGCUUGACUUUUUAAUCACUCGC